CAUGCUAGAAUUUGUUUUGACCCGUCAAACUUUGUUCGAGAAAAUUCAAUAAACAGAAAAAGGAAAAUCGGAAACAGAAAUCUAACGGUUUAUCAACCAUGGUGAAGUUACAUGUCAAAAAGGCCGAUGAGAGCCAGUUCCUGUAUGAGACUACAGUUGAGAUGCCAGUGGAUGACUUACUGAAAGACUUAACAGCCAUUUACAAUGGUCGGCUCAAGAUCCAGCGAAUCUGUGCAGAAAUGGAAGAACUGGCUAAACAUGGUAUAACUCUGCCCCCAAAUAUGAUGGGUCUGACAGAUGACCAGAUUGUUGAUCUCAAACUGAAGGAUGAGUGGGCAGAUAAAUGUGUACCUAGUGGAGGGGCCAAAAUGAAAAAGGAUCCAAUUGGUCGCAGAAAUGGGAUGGCUCCAAAUGAUAAGAUGGCUGAAGUUUUGACAAAAACAAUGAAAGAGGCAAAAGACAUGAUCAGCAAGAAAAAGGUACAAAUGGAUGAGUAUGUAACUCAGACCACAGUGAAGGAAGCCAUAGAUAUUCUGAGAGGAGCAGUAAUGAUAGUGUACCCAAUGAACCUGCCUCCACAUGACAAUAUACGUAUGGAGUUUGAAAACACAGAGGACUUGGAAGGCACUCAGGCUUCAACUGAAGUGCUACCUGAAGCCAAUACCUCAGUAUGGUUCUCUGGCAAGGAGAUGUUGAGGGGGAAACUUUUGAAGGAUUUUGUCGGUAAAAAUGAGAAAACAAAGAUCAUAGCCAAGCUGCAAAAGCGAGGCCUGGGUGUGCCCCAGAGAGAGCAGGUGGUUAGUGAGGAAGAACAGAAGAAGAUGAUGGCAUACUACUACAAAAAGCAGGAGGACUACAAGAAAUUACAAGCAGAAGCAGACGAUGCUUAUAUGGACCAAGAGUGGGCAGACAGUGGAGCACUGAAGCGGAACUUAAAUGGGCUUCGGGAUAUUAAAUGGGGUGGUCCUCGGUGAUAUCAGUGUGUAUAUCUUUUACAUGCAUAUUGAACAAAACAUUUGCUUUUAAGAUCUGAUAAUCUGUUGUUCAUCAACAGGUUACUUCCAAAGUAAGAAAGAAAGGUUUUCUGACAUUGUAAAAAUUAAUUAUAAUGACAACAGAUUCAUAUGAUGAAAAAAACUCCAGAUGGGAUUGAACUCAUUGUGUUGGAGGAGGACUGUAGAUUUAUAAAGAAAAGUUGGCUAUAAUUUCAAAUCUUUAUGUGAUAGUUUUCAAACUACACAUUCUUAUAGGUGCAUCGCAAGAUCUUGAAUUAUAUCUGAUGAACACAGGUAUACUGUAGGUGUACUCUACGAGGAGUUAUGUCCCUUGGACUACCUGACGUUAUUGCUACACAUUAUAACAAUCAGAUAGUUAAUUGAGAGUGACAUUAAAUUGUUUAAUGUACAUUGUUUGAUCACUGUUUGUUAAAAUGAUUAUAGUUUCAUCAUGUUUUUGUAGUGUAUAUUUCAUACAUCAAAACUUUGUGUUCUAUAAAAUUCAUUUGAUUUCCUUUCUUCACAUAUUUUAUUGUGACAUGUGGCAUUUUAGACCAUAUGGUUAUAUUUACAUAAUACCUACAUUCCGUCCAUUAUAAAUAUAUGUACAAGAAAACAACAUUGUCACCAUUCCAAGUGGUUUACCAUUAUUUCCAUUGUAAUCAUACUCAUUAUCAAUCAAGCAUGUAGUUUGCUGGAUGUAAGUAAGGAUGAAAAAUAAAAACAUAAUGAUGAGAAA